AUGGUAGGAUCGUCAAGCUCUGGCGUUCCAGUACUUCACCCAUUGGUUGAUGAUUUCUACUUCUCAGCUCUGUUUGACGCUGAAGAAAUCUUUCCAAUCUCUGAUGAAAAAUACGCAGAAGAGUUGGCUCUUCAAGAAACCCUGAUGUCAGCGAACUUUUCAACAUCAAGAACAAGAAAUACAAAAGAGAAUUUUAGCACUUCACCAAUUGAAACUCUAAAGGGAAAGAUGAAACUAGAAAAUGGUCAAUCUUCUAGUCAAGUACUCGUGUCCUUUUGUGUCAUCUGCAUGGACGCAAAACCAACCGAAGAAAUGUUCAGAAACGACAACUGCACUCACUUUGCACCGAUUGCAUUGGGAAAUACGUAG